AUGUCAAAACUAAAGAAAUAUCAUAUUAAUAAGAAUCGUUUAAAAGCUAUUUAUACUGAUACUAAAACUAGAAAUUUAGUUGAAUGCAAAUGUACAUUACAUUAUCAUGGUAGUAGAUGGGUAGAUUCUAGAACGUUUGAUAGACAUCAACAAGAAAUAGAAUGGUUUCGAUAUAUUAUUUCCAGACAGCGUUAUUCUUUAACCUUAAGAAGCAUUAAAAAUAAUUCUGUUGUAACUGAAACAGUAUCAGCUUCAAAAAGAAAAAAAGUAAUUAAACUGGUUAAACAAAAUUACAGUUCGUAUGAAGAUACACCUAAAAUUAUUUCAGAUCUAUCAGACGAUAGGGAAGAUUAUGAAAUUCCGAUUAAUGAUGAAGAGUUUUUUACAGAGGAAGAUAAUUGUGCUUUGAGUGAAGACAGUGAAGACAAUAUUCCGUUUGAGCAAUUUACUACUCCUGAUUUCGAUGAUUUUGAUUCUGAUUUAGAACAUAGAUAUUCUAAUAUGAACAUUAAUUUCGAUAAUUCAUGA